AUGAAUGGUUCUCACAUCAAGCAAGCGGCGAUCCAGAAGGCUAAGCAGGUCGCCAACGUUUCCAAUGGAAAUGCGAGCAAGAAGAGAAAGAAGGAGUUGAAGCCCAUCAUCACCACCGAGGGCCAGGAGGCCGAUCCCUCCUCCAACCCGCUGUCCGAUACGGCCAACAGUACUGCAGCUCCUAACCAUCGUUCUCACAGGCCCGGCGGCGCAUCAUCCAAGAGCAGUACGGCAAACCGGUCGCCCUCGUCUAGCUCAUCGCGCGAGGACGCCGCCGAGACGACCGCUGACGAAGAGGACUCGGAGGAUUACUGCAAGGGCGGCUACCACCCCGUGACGGUGGGCGAGCAGUUCAAGGAUGGCAAGUACACAGUGGUGCGCAAGCUGGGCUGGGGUCACUUUAGCACGGUGUGGCUAUCCAAGGACAAUGUCACCAAGAAGCACGUCGCGUUAAAGGUCGUGCGCUCAGCAGCGCAUUACACUGAGACGGCCAUCGACGAGAUCAAGCUGCUCAACCGUAUUGUGCAGGCCAAGCCCGACCACCCAGGCAGAAAGCACGUCGUGAGCCUCCUGGAUUCCUUUGAGCACAAGGGGCCGAACGGCACGCAUGUGUGCAUGGUGUUUGAGGUCCUAGGCGAGAACCUCCUGGGCCUGAUCAAACGCUGGAACCACCGCGGCAUCCCCAUGGCACUCGUCAAGCAGAUCACGAAGCAGGUCCUCCUGGGGCUGGACUACCUCCAUCGGGAGUGCGGCAUCAUCCACACGGAUCUCAAGCCGGAGAACGUGCUGAUCGAGAUUGGCGACGUCGAGCAGAUCGUGAAGAAGUUUGUUAAGGAGGAGGUCCCCGACAAGGAAGACAAUCGGAAUGGGAGGCGGCGCCGCCGGACCCUGAUCACAGGCUCGCAGCCACUGCCGUCCCCGCUCAACGCUAGCUUCAACCAUUCGGAUCUGGGGAGGUUUCCAGGGAGCCACACGAGUCUGAAUCAGAUGCUGCAAGGUAAUGAAUCCCCUGCCCACGAUGGCACCCCUUCUUCUUUGGGGCCCGUCGUAAUGAGUGGUGCUAUAGGCGGUUCGAAAUCACAAGAACACAGUCUGAAGGCGGACAAGGAGGACGAGGAGCAGCAGCAGCAGCGGGAGAAGUCAGCGGAUCUCCUGAGCCGUGAAGUGUCGGGCAUCUCCCUGGACCAGUCGUCGAGCGAGAAGAAGAAGGCCGAGGAUGCGGGGGCGUUCGAUAUGAUAUCGGUCAAGAUAGCGGAUCUGGGGAAUGCGUGUUGGACGGGUCACCACUUCACGAAUGAUAUCCAGACGAGACAGUACCGGUCGCCGGAAGUGAUCUUGGGAGCGAAGUGGGGAGCGAGUACAGAUGUUUGGAGUAUGGCUGCUAUGGUCUUCGAGCUCAUCACAGGCGACUACCUCUUCGACCCCCAAUCAGGCACCAAAUACGGCAAAGACGACGACCACAUCGCGCAAAUCAUCGAACUGCUCGGCCCAUUCCCCAAAUCGCUCUGCCUCUCAGGAAAAUGGAGCCAAGAGAUCUUCAACCGCAAAGGCGAGCUGCGCAACAUCCACCGGCUGCGUCACUGGGCGCUCCCGGACGUCCUACGGGAGAAAUACCACUUCGACGCCCGCGAAGCGCAGCGUGUUGCGGAUUUCUUGACCCCGAUGCUGGAACUCGUCCCGGAGAAGAGGGCUAAUGCCGGGGGGAUGGCGGGCCAUGAGUGGUUGGCUGAUACGAUUGGGAUGCAGGAUGUUAGGAUUGAAGGACUGGAGGUGGGGAGUAGAGGGGAGGGUAUUGAGGGCUGGGCGUGUGAGGCGAAGAAGAGGUGA